CAACUUUUAACCAAGUUAGUUUUUAGUUCAAUACUUUUCAUAACUUUUAAUGUAGAUAAUAAAUUAAUUUUAUUAGCUAUUAAUUUUAAGUUAAAAAAUGUAUUAAUUUACUCAACCCUAUAUAAAAGAUAAUUAAUAUAAGUCGUACAAUAUUUUAUAUUUAAAUAUACAUAUUUAUUUUAUAAAAUAAUAUAGAAAUGUGUUCCAUACACAAUAUCAACUAAAUUGUUUAGCAUACAAAUAUUCUGUCAAUUAUAGUUAUUUUUAUAAAAAUAGAAAGUUUGCAAUAUUAUCAAUAUUAGUUAUAAUCAAAUGCGAAUAGACGUGGUAACAAAACUCUUGCAAUUAAUUUUAAUUUUAAAAUUUUUCUAAAUUUUUAGUUGAGAAUUUUUUUUUAAUCGAUACAGAUUAAUGAAUUUUCCUUUAAACUAGAAUAUAAAAAUUAUUUUCCUCAAACUGAUGAUACCUACCGUUGUGCGUGUGCUACUUAAGAAUUGAUUUGUUUUUAUCAAAUACAAUAUUAAAAAAAUUUGUUUUUACGACAUUCGCUUAUUAAAUUGACCGCCAUUUAAUCAAUCCGGUGAAUGAAACUUGCAUUCUCAACAGGUGUUUCCCACCUUUCCUCACAUUCUUAAUAAUUUCCCUUUAUAACAGGUAGUUCUAUUGGUUUGAGAUACCGGUCUUCGGAUUCCUUCGUCUUUCACGACACGUACGGUCCAACUUGGUCGCGGUACCUGGCGCUGCGCCUCGAUUAACGUACAACUCGAUAUAUUUGUUAUCCGACGAGAUACGCAGUUGCAAUUAUCCGUGUUGUCUUAUUUUCGUGGAAUAAAAAAGAAAUUAAUGGAGACGAAAAGAUAUUCAGGAGGACGAAUCGGGGGCGCGAUCGAACCAGAGAUCGAGGACGAUCGAACUCGACGCGUAUCGUUACGUGUCGUUACGGUCCUGAAGCAUCGCGGCGAAAGUUGCCGAUUCGACGGUGUCCGAGCGCCAUGUCGGUCUCACGGCGUUCGACCAAUGGCAGGUCGCGUUACCUGCUGCGCGGCGCACCUGGUAAGACCUGUUAUAAUCAGCGGUACAUCCUGGCCGUUACCAUGCCGUACUACAACAGUGGUCACAGCCCCGCUUACAACAAAGAUGGCGGCUCCAGUGGGCCGUCGAGUACUUCUGGCGGUCGCGCCAGCAGUUCGGAGCCGACGUAUAUGAUGGAGCAUUUGGCCACGUUCACCGUCACGAAGGAAACCGGUAUUGUUUAUCCGGCGGAUGGUAUGCGCCGCCUUCUACAGCUGGAGAAAAGCAAUGGCAUCUGGAGUCAAAAAAUGCAACUCCGUCUCGAGCGAAACUGGGUCCUUAUCAUGGACAAUGAAACAGGGGCCAUCAUGGAGCGGUUUCCGGCCUCGUUGAUACAAGAACCAACGGCAUUUACGUCGAGAGAUCCCAUGGAGAUGUACAACAACAUUUUGGUGUUUACGGUGGCCGACGAUAGUGGUUCCGGUCAGCGAGCGGAGAUGCACAUAUUCCAAUGUCAGAGUGUUUCGGCGCAGGACCUCGUCGAAGAUCUGAAAAUGCUGCAAAUGGGAAAAUUGGUCACGGGCGGCUCGCCUCGGGGUCCUAGAGGACACAUUCCACCACCACCUGCUUUACCGCCUCCGGAACCACCCUUGAACGGCGUCAGCGUCAGGGAACAGGUGUCUGCUUUCAAUGCGGCGAAUGCAGAUGGGCAGACGGACAUGUCCCGUGAGGAGAACAACGACGAGGUAUCGUCGACAUCAUCGGAAAAGUACGAACGUGACGUUACGAUCCUGAAUCACUGCUUCGACGACAUCGAAAAGUUUAUCGCGCGUCUGCAGCACGCAGCUGCCGCGUCUCGGGAGCUAGAGCGUCGACGACGUAACAGAAAGUCAAAGAAGAGAAACCUCGGCGACGGUAUGUUAACGAUGAGAGCAAAGCCGCCGCCUGAGAUGGAGUUUAUCGAUAUCUUUCAAAAGUUUAAGCUUUCGUUCAACCUCCUGGCCAAACUCAAAGCUCAUAUUCAUGAUCCCAACGCUCCGGAACUCGUACACUUUCUCUUCACGCCGCUCGCGCUCAUCGUCGACGCCUCUCACGAUACUAAUUACGAUCCGAAUUUACCCAGUAAAGUGGUCGCGCCGCUUCUCACGCGAGAAGCGGUCAAUCUGUUGAUAAAUUGCGUCACUAGCAAAGAGACCGAGCUAUGGCACUCUCUGGGCGACACGUGGUUAAUUCCGCGUGACCAAUGGAAAGGACACGUGCCGCCGUAUCAUCCAAUGUUCAUGGACGGCUGGUCGCCGGAGUAUCCCAUCCCCGAGGACAGGGAUCACGAUCAUUUGGCCUCUUUGUUGAACGCGGAUAAACAAAAGAGGGACGAGUUACCGGAACAACAGAACGAUCCUUAUUACAAUCACCGCGACGUGGAUGAAUCGCAUUACAGCAGUGAUUAUCUGGAGUAUGAGAGUCGAGAGGAGCGUGGUGCUAACGAAUAUUUCGACAGGAAUUAUGGCCCGAGUUCGGAAUUGUACGGUCGCGAGGAGAGAGUGGAUCAGACCAGGGCGCACAGUGACAUUUCCGUGGAUUCGAUCGAGAGAGCUCCCAGAGCGGCCGCCGGUAUAGAGAGAGCGCAGGAGGCUUGGCUGGAUGAAUUGGUCGCACGCCACGCCAAGAUCGUGCAAGUCACUUAUCCACGAACCGCCAACAACGACAAGGAGCUUACGGUGGUCAGAGGCGAAUAUCUGGAGAUCCUCGACGAUAGCAGAAAAUGGUGGAAAGCGAGAAACUCUCGAGGGCAAGUCGCUCACGUGCCGCACACCAUCGUUACACCGCACAAUCCUGCUACUCAUUCUGCUGACAAUGACGUCUUUAAUAAUCCUUUGUACACCAGCAGAUAUCCGAGGCAGGGGCACGGCUAUAAUUAUGAGGAUUCGGAGAUAGAGAGAACAAGCACUAGUCCAGGUCCGGAAGCCACUCAUCGAACACAUGCGAUUCCACCGCCAGCUCCUGCUGAUUGGGUGAGAAAGGAAAGACUUGGGAAAAAAGAUGACAUUAGUGCGUACAACGAAACCAUCACUAAUAAUAGCAGUAGAUCUAGCACUUCUUCCACUGAAAGUACUUCCCAAUCGAAGGGAAAGCUUAAUACGCAACAAAGCAUCGUCGAAGUGCACUCGCCACCUCGCGAUAUAAUACUAGAUGUAGUACCUGACAAGCAAGCUUUACCGUCUGCACUAACACUAAAAUUACUCGCAUCAAAAUCGACGCCGAUGCUACCUGCAUCGGAAUCAGUACGAACAUUACCCACUUCGAAAUCAGCACCAACAUUAUCUGUAUUGAAAUCAGUACCAAUAUUACCUCCAUUAAAACCAGCAUCAGUAUUACUUACAACAAUACCUCCAACACCUCCAACACCUCCAACACCUCCAACACCUCCAACACCUCCACCACUUCCACCACCAUCACCACCGCCAACGCCAAUAUUAGGAUCUAUCCGAGUGCUUCAAACCCAAAAAUCUGCACCGUCAACUUUUACGUUUAAUAAAGCGGAAGCUUCCAAAAGUACUAAAUCUUCUAAUGACGUUUCCAAUCAAGAACAAGUUCAAAAGGAGCUUAAAUUUGUCCUGAGGAUAUUUCGAGAGAAGAAAGCGAAUUCUCCUAUUGAUAACAACACGAAGGAUAUUUGGUUGAACCAACACUCAACUCCUCGGGAAGUUCAAACUUGGUUAGCAGCCAAGGGAUUUUCGCAAAAAAUUUGCAAACAGUUGGAAAAUAUCAAUGGCACAGAAUUGUUCAAUUUAUCACGACGGCGAUUGGAGCAAUUGUGUGGACUAUCCGAAGGAAGCAGACUUAAUGGGCAAUUAACUUUAGCGAAAAAUGAAUGUGAGUAUAAAACCGCUCGAUCGUCAGAGCUGAAACAAAUUUUAGAAAAAGCGCGUCGAAGAACAGAGGAAUUAAACGAUAAGGAUGAAGUAAAAAAGUGAAUUAUACUGUUUUCUAUGUGAACGGAAAUGCUAUAAGGAUGAUGCAAAUAUCGAAGUGAUACGUGCAAGUGUUUUGUUAUCAUUGCAAAUUUAGAAAAUUGCAAGAUAAAAUGCAAUAAUGUAUUAUACAUAUUUUUUCGUAAUUUUUCAUAGGGAGAUAAAAUAUAAUCGAAAAAAUAUUAUAGAAUUAUUUUAUUUCAUCUUACACACAUAUUUUGUAAUAAUUAUUUAUUAAAUGAGUUAAAACAAUAUCGUGUAUCAAAGAUUUUUAGCAAGGGGGUAAACAUGCGCUAUAUACAAUAAAUUAGCUGUGAUCCUUUUUCUGCGAGCAAUGUUAUAUUUUAAAGAACUUACUCAUAGAAAGAUACAGAGAAAAAUAUCAGUUUCUAAGUACGUUAUUUGCAUUAAUUUAAUUUGAAAAUUAAUUUAUUGUUCGCA